AUGGCCUUUGGUGUUACAGGGGAUGUUCUAAGAAUUGAUGGACAAUUAGCGGUUGCGAGGGCUUUUGGAGAUAAGAGCUUUAAAGAUACAUCUAAGGUGAUGUCAAACCAAGAAGUUGUGGACACGAUCAAAAGCAUAAAAGAUAAACAAGCGGCAGCGAAAGAGUUGAUAGAAGAAGCAAUCUCUAAGAAAAGCAAAGAAGACAUCUCUUGUAUUGUUGUAAGGUUCCAGUGA